AUGAACGACCUCCGCCACCCUCCAGAUGAAGUUCCCGAAUCUCUCUACAUCGUCCACGACCCCUCCAAUGAACAGGUCCCAGAAGGAAAGUCUUCCAAAUCGCAGGAGUCUCUCACUCCAUGGGAGAUAGGUUUCCGCCCUUACGAUAUUCUGAGUCUCAGCCGCAAGACUGCGAGCAGCUUUCUCCCUCUUCAUUAUGGUGCCGCGAACGGACCUAGAAGAAAUCCUCCUAGUGUUUAUGUCACAGCGACUGAUGAUAUCGAGGCUGCGGAAAACGAGGUCAUUACAAGCGAGGAUGAUUUAGUGAUGUACAGAUUAGACGGCAGAUGUGAGGAAAUGAGAAAGUGUGCCGUUUUCAAAGCGUCAGACUGGUUGCGCGCUCUGGAAAUGUGGGAUGGAGACGAGAAUGAAGAUGAAGAUGAGAAAUCUGCUAGACAGAAAAGAGUGGGCUCUGAAUGGUUGAUUUGGCCAAGUGUACCAAAAGAGGCUGUUAUAGAUAUGUCGACAAGAGAAGACAUCCUUGAGGAUGAUGAAGAAGAGGAAGAUCGUGCGAUUCAGAAACAUGCGCCUGGUCAAAAACAUCAAAACGCUACUGCAAGCUCGAGCAAGAAUCCAAAUGCAGCUGUCAAAAAGGGCAAAGCGAAACCUCCAUCGGCUUUGCAUAGUCACAAGGGACUGGUGCGCAAAGAUGUAAAGGCAGACGGCACACCUCUGUACAUGGUUGCGUUCUCCGAAAAUAACGAGUUUUCAUUUUCGACCAUCUACAUCAUUGAGGAACAAGAAACCGGUCCACAGUGUCUUGUUCAUUGGGGCCCCAGAAUAGAACCCAGCUGGGUCGCCAUCCAAAAUGUUGAUGCGAGGGCUGUGAAGGACUACUGGCGACGCAACACCAACGGCCGAGGAAAAGCAAAACCAAAGAAGAAAUAUGAAAUUCUAUUUGAAGAUCAGCAGAACAAGGAGACUAAGUUGGACAGCAAGUUCUUGGUUAAGUGGGCUGAUUCCGAGAUCUUGGCCUGGGAAACUUAUGACAGUAGUCCUGGUGUUACAAGACAUGCUGUCAAUGAGUUUCGAGCGAAGAGGGACACAUGGCAGAGAUAUCAAUACAAGUGA